UGACAGCGGGGCCACGACCAGUUCCAUCCCUCAUGGUACCCUAGACAUUACCGUAAACGGCUGCGGGUUGCGGUCGCCAGGAGUCAAGCCCCAAUACGGUCCGAUCGACUUGAUGAUCUUCGCGCUCCAUGGUCCAUUUUGACACGCACCAUACUUAUGAUAUACUCCCCAAAGCUUGGAUUACUGCGGCACCAAAGUUAGGGAGUCGGCCCACGUGGCGACCAGAGUGCUUCAAACCGUUGGAGCUGCUAUAUAGAUCGAGAGCUCAUGCUAUCUAACACACCAUGCCGACUCCAGCCUCGGCCGCAUCACCACAUUUUGAACGUCUAGCAAACAUUUGGAAGCUGUUGUCCCUGCGCAGCGACGUCGAUAAUAUCAUACUGGAAUUGGUGGGGCAGUUCUCUCUCGAAAAGGUAUAUUCUGAUGGUGAUAAGGAAACCUAUCAACAUUUGGUAAUAAAUCUGUUUGCACAACUGAAUGCCAUUUUUUAUAUUCAACGUUUGUCCAUACCAUCUGCGAAGCGCCAGCAAGAUGGAUGGUAUUUCGGAUUUUUGGCCAGCUGGGAGGUAACUCUGCGAAUGAUUGAAUUUGUCUUGCAUAUUGUUAUUGAAGGUCGAGAAAGUUUAUGGGAGUCGCGACAGUUGAGGGACAAAUAUUUGGCUGAGCUGUUGUUAUCUGCGCUUCGUGUCCUUCAACUCUUACCACAACCACAGUCCGAUGGAAAACCGCAAUCCAAGGAAGACCUGCAGAGAAAGAUUCGUCGAGAUAGAUUCGCGCGUAUUCAUCGUUCGCUCGAGCAUAUGUUCGAUAGCUAUCCAGGACCGAAAUCAUUUUUGUUGUUGGUCUGUAAAGAAGUUACUGAAGCAUUGCGGGGUCCCGAGCCUAAUCCACUAGCUUUACCCCCUAAAUUAAGGGAUGAGCUACCAAAUCUGACGGAAGAUCUGGUAAGAACCACUAUAAUUACGAUUGAGCCUUAUUGCUUACGGGGCCCACCAAGGCCUGAGCUUUCUAGCCUUUCUACUUUUCUACCUGAGCUUUCUUCCUGAGCUUCUAGAACCUCUAAUUGAUAUCCGAGCUGACACUUCUUUUGGACGUUUAGUACCCUUUAAAUGAUUGCUUCUCGUCGAAAUAUAUAUCUACUCUUAUACUCCCAGAUGGUUCAGGAGGAGGAGGAUGGCUUGCACAAUUCCUUACCCUUCGAGAUAUUACCCAAUUCGUGGUCGCCGCUUCGAUUCAAUAUACGAUAAAUGAAGAAACCCGCGAUGCAUAUCUUCCAGCAGCAUCGGAACGAACGAGGAAUGCGGUUUUACGGGUGAUUGACAAUCUGCGAAUACCACCGCGAUUUUCAAGGGAGGAUUUGAUUGGUACUUUUACCGAUCAAUAUCGAAUUAUUCUUCCAGAUACACCAGAUUUGAGAAGACAGUCAAUGCAAAUAGAAGCAGAUGACAAGGAUUUGGAUGCGAUUGAUGCAUUAUGUUUGCGACUUGGUGGUCGCCAAAUGAUAAGUCGUGUGAGCGAUAGGGAGAUGAUGCAUACGAUAUCUGAGAUUACAAAAAGGAUUCUUGCCCUUGAUGAUCCAAGUCGACAUGCCAAACCGUCAAGGCCGAGGAUAUAUACACUCAAUUGUUCAAAGUGUCAUUUAGCUGGUGCCUCACAGAUGAGAUACCUAGAGAAUUUAAAGUUUCCGGUACGCCAAGUGUUUUGCUAAGCUUGUUGACUUGUUACAUAGUUAUGGUGAAGAUUCAAGGAAAUGGUCUGAAUAUGACUGACGCGAAUGGAAUAGCAUGCUGACGAUGAUCUAUAUGCUCAGUUGGAUAAUCCAGAAACAAAUGAGGUCAGAUUACCUUCAAAGACAAAGUGCGUUCAGUGCGAAGAGCCAGUUACGUUAAUGCGUGAGAUGACACUUGCAAGGCAAGUUUGGGACCUUCUUGAACCUUUUGAGUCUCAUGCAGAUGCUGCGAAUUUGGAACGUCAUGUCCCAACAUACUUCCAGCUUCCACCACCAAAGAUGGAUGGAGCAAUCACUUUCCAUCCAGCGUACAAUAACCCAAGCGCAAGUAAUGUGAAGAUGCGCACAUUUGAUACUGAACCACCUUCACCAUUUCAUAAUAAGACGUCCUUCACAUCAGCAGCUGCGCAAGAUCGGUCUAGAUCGCUACCUCAUACCAUGCCGUCUCAAGUAUCGCCAACUGUUGGUUUGUUCGGUCAGAGACUGGAUACGCCCAGCACACUACCCUCUUCUUCAUCUGAUUUGACUUCGUUGGAUGGUUCGAGGUCAGGUGAAGGCUCUAGAAUGCCAGAACUUCGAAAGACUUCAACUGCUACAGAUGAGACGCCAUUCUCGCCAGAAUCUGUUCCAGGUCAAGGAAAUAAUUCACCAAAUGACCCGUCGCCUUUUGGAAUGGUCUCCGACACUGGAACCUAUUUUGUUAAUCGACCGACAGUAGGACACAGUCACUCUGAUAGAAAAAAGUCAAAGGGUGGGUCCAAAUGGACAUCGGUUUUCAGUGGAACGAGAAAAGAGUCUAUUCCGGGGCAAUCCGUUGAAACCACUUCAUUAUCAUCGUCAACAUUGGAGGCUCAAAGACUGGAUGAAAUAAAUUUAGAAAGUUUGGUUCGGGUGCCUAGAAAGUCUUCCUCGAAGAGCAAAAGCGCCAAAGCAAUCAACAUAUCCCUAUCGCAAAAUUCAACAAAUGCACUAUUCUGGACCCAAUCUUUGAUACAAAUAUGGGACGUUGGAGCAUCUCCUCCUGCUAUGACACGUGUGUUUCCCACCGAGGGUAGUUGUUACAAGGCCGCUGUAACGAAAAUGUAUCUAGCUUAUAUUAUUGGCACCCGAGAUCCAAAACUCACUGUAAGUAGCUUCAACUAAAAAGGCCCUUCAACAACAUUAUCUUCUAACGAUCAGAUAGCUUAGAAUAGUUAACCUUCAAACUUCCGCACCUGUUGUGGAAUACCCUUUACCACCAAAUCUAUGGGCUAGUAGUAUAGCCAUAUCUCCCAAUGAAACUACCGUUGCUGUAGGAUUUACCAACGCAACCGUACAUUUCUUCAAAACCACUCAAUCAGCUCAACCAAGGGAAGAUCGUCUCCAUAGUCGAAUUCACAACGAAUGCGAAGACUGUCCAGAAGUAGAAACACUCUCCUACUCCGACGACGGCAUGCAUCUUCUAGCUAGUACGAGAAGUGCCAAAAGCGGGGCCAUUAAAAUAUACUUCUGGAUGACUCCAAUGCAAGCUUCUCAAGAACUUGUAUCCUGUCGAUAUCAUGUUCCCUUGCAUGAAUCAGAAGAUCGAGGAUUAUCAUCUGCAAUAUUCCGCUCCAGAACCGGUAUCGAGGAAGUUCUCGUCUGUAUAACAACUUGGACACAAUCUGGUGUUCCGAUUCUCGUCCAUCCUAAAACAGGGCAAAAAACAGAUAUAAAAACCGCGCCAAAUCGGUCCGGAAAACUAGGAAGUCGGAUUCAAUGUGCUAGUUUUUCGCCAUCAGGAAAAGAACUAGCUAUGGUGAAUGAAAAGGGACAUUUGUAUUUAAUCUCGGCACUUAAUUCUAGUCCAUUGGAUAUUCGAAAAAUAGCCGUUUCGAGGGAACUUACGAUUAAAUCUGAUUCUUUCGCAAUGGCAUUUGUAUCAUUGCCGGAUGAAGAAGCAGCAAUUGUUAUGGCGUGGAUUGAUCCUUCGAAGGCGGAGAAGGGAAUGAUUAGGAAAAUUCCUUUGACUGUUGUAAGUUACCAUAAGAUUCUUUUUCCUCUAACCAAUCUCCUAACAUUUCCAUCAUCUAAUCAAGUCCCAUAUUUGUGCUUGGUUAAAAACUAACCCACAAACAGAGCGACACAAACAUAUCCACCACCCCUGUUCUCCACAAAUCAGAACAAAGUUCCGGGACAAAUCCGUAUAUGUCUGGUGCUAUAAAUGAAUUGCCGGGAGAUCCUAGACCGAUUGAAAUGGUGGCAGAUGAGGAACCAAUUACGAAAUAUAGGAUGAUGGGUUUCGUUAAGUAUCCGAAAAAGUAGGGGCGAAGGCUAUAGAUGGAGCUUAAAUGAUUGGAAUGGGUGGAGUAGAAAGUGCUAAGGAGAAAUGAAGAGAUAAAUUGAGAGAUAGGAUGAAAAGGAGAUUAUCAUUCAAAAGUUUGUAAGUACUACUAUAGUUUUGAUAUGUUUUCCAAGUCAAUUAUUAAGUUUUACUUUAGGAAUAUCAAAAAUUUCAUACCGAAAACUUAAGAAAGGGUUUUAUAAUGCUGAAGUGAAAGUUGAUGGAUGGAUGGAAUGGAUGGAAUGGAUGGAAUGGAUGGAAUGGAUGGAAUGGAUGGAUGAAUGAAUAAGUUGAAAAAAUAAGUUGAAAAAAUAAGUUGAAAAAAGUUAUAUCUGAUGAAUGUUAAGAUUAUAUGCAUUCACUUUUCCCACGGGAU